AUGGUUAACGCCAUGAGAGCUACUCUGGUGGCCCAAGGGCGAGUGGACCCCCAUGGCGAAGUACCAUCUAGGCAGCCAGCUAGUGUGCCACCUAUGCCCCCAGCUGGAAUGCCACCUGUCGCUCCGGCCGGUGUGCCUCCCGAGCACUUGGCUGAGUUGGCGCGAGAUCUGCCAGCUGGCGUGCCUCCCGUGGACCCAACUGGAAAUGGAAUCCCACCUAUGCCACAUGACUGUGACAAAGGUAAGGUUGAUGAUAACCCUACUCCCAAACCAAAGAAGGCUCAUCAGAACCCUAAAGACAAUCAGGUCCCAAGGCCAGCUAGUGUGGGUGAAGGCCUAGGAGCCCGAGGACACCACCAGGCCGUCAGCACCCGUGGAGCCUGA